AUAAAUCAGAGAGAACAGAGACUUUUAUCCCAAGAGGGAGCAUUUACAAAAACCCUUAUGCUUUUCACCAGAGUCACAUAGAGAUGAGGAAGAGGUUCAAGGUUUGGUCGUACAAGGAAGGAGAGCUACCAUUAGUACAUAUUGGUCCAAUGACGAACAUCUACGGCAUUGAAGGGCAUUUCAUAGAUGAAAUAGAGAGGGAGGAGAGCCCGUUCAGAGCUACACAUCCUGAUCGAGCACACACAUUUUUCCUGCCCUUCAGUGUAGCCAACAUCGUUGAAUACGUUUACUUGCCUAUCACCCAAAAACAAGACUAUUAUCGUGAUCGUCUGCAACGGAUUGUGGUGGACUACAUUGGCGUUGUGGCACGGAAAUAUCCCUACUGGAACAGAAGCCAUGGUGCUGACCAUUUUAUGGCUUCAUGUCACGAUUGGGGACCCGAGAUUUCAGUAGGGCAGCCUGAGCUUUUCAAGAACUUUAUUAGAGUUCUUUGCAACGCUAACACCUCUGAAGGAUUCCAGCCAAGAAGAGAUGUCCCAUUACCUGAAAUUUAUGUGCCCUCUAGAAAGCUUGGCCCCCCAUAUUUGGGUCAGCCCCCAAACAACCGUCCAAUUCUAGCCUUCUUUGCAGGCAGAGUCCAUGGAUCCAUUCGACCUAUCUUGCUGGAUAAUUGGAAGGACAAAGAUGAUGAAGUUCAAGUCCAUGAGAAGCUUCCCUUAGACCAAAACUACACCAAACUAAUGGGGCAGAGCAAGUAUUGCUUGUGUCCUAGUGGGUUUGAAGUGGCAAGCCCAAGAGUGAUGGAGGCAUUUUAUGCAGGGUGUGUGCCGGUUUUAAUUUCUGACAAUUAUACAUUGCCCUUCAGUGAUGUCCUUAAUUGGAGCCAAUUUUCAAUACAAAUUCCUGUUGCUAAGAUACCAGAAAUUAAGACCAUCUUACAGGGAAUUCCGUAUGAAAAAUAUUUGAGGAUGCAGAAGAGGGUGUCUAAAGUUAAGAGGCAUUUUGUGCUGAAUAGGCCGUCUCAGCCAUUUGACGUGAUUCACAUGGUGCUUCACUCUGUAUGGUUGAGACGACUAAACUCUAAACUUGACACUAUACAUGAUCAUAAUUCAUAAACAUCAGCUCUUGUAAUCUAUUACCCCUUGUUUUUUUAUCUGAGUCUAGUAUUGCUUAGAUGUAACAGGUUGGCACCAAACCAAUAACCAAUAA